ACCCUAUAACUUUGUGGCACCGACUAAACGUAAACAAAUCGUUCGGAAAGACAGGAAAACUUGAAAUUUCUCGAAAAAUUACAAGAAAAUACGGAUAAAAACCGAAUAUGGCAUCCGGUCUUGAAUCCUUUGUUUCGUCAACCGUUUCCGUCAUUUGCCAAGACGGCAGAAACUUUAUCGGAACGCUCAAGGGCUUCGAUCAAACCGUCAACAUCAUUCUCGAUGAGUCCCAUGAACGUGUUUACUCUCUCAACGGCAUCGAACAAGUUGUGCUUGGACUUCAUAUCAUUCGGGGCGACAAUGUUGCCAUGAUCGGACAAAUUGACGAAACCAUCGAUAGUCGCAUCGAUCUAUCGAGCAUCAGAGCAGAGCCCCUGGGACCCGUUGUCUACUAAUUCAUUGAUUGAAAAUGAAAAAAAAUAAAAUUAAUUUUUGU